UCCUGGUCGCGCGUUGAUUACGUCACCACCCUGUACACGUGCUGAGGCUUCUGUGGAAGAAUAACAAUCAUCAGACGCUUUCGGUAAUGGCCAAAAGCAAAGGAAAAGGACCGAAAAAACAGAACGUGUUUCACGUUGCAAACAGUAAAAAUGUGAAAGCUAAAAAUAAAGCAAAGCCUGUCGUGUCCAACCUGAAGAGGAUCAAGGCUGCAACAAGCGACAAAGUCAGCAAAGUUAACCAGGCUUUUACAGAGCUGCACCAAGACAUGGCCCAGGGGAAAAAGACGCCCGCAGCCGCAUCAAAGGAGACUCGGGUUUCCAGGCCGAGCCGAGAAGCCCCUGCUGACAUAGAAAACGCCACAGACCUGUUGUCACAGCUGUAAAUUACUUCCAUGGACAUCACCCCCUUUUCCCCACCGUAUAAAGAACACCACAAAGGACUUGAUUUAAUAUAUAUACAUUUUAUUGGAAACGUCUCAAGUACAAAAUAAAAAAAGUGGUUACAUAGCAAGGAAGCAUGCGAGUAAGAUGGUGGUUUACUACAGAUCCGUGUACUGGUAACUACAAGGCACUUGGACUGUGAUCAGACGGGAGACACUCGGCAGUGAUUAUUCUUAAUGGAACCACCUGCAGAAUGAAGUGGUUUGGCACAAAAUUCUCUGCGGAAGGUUUUGUCAUUUUGUUAGUUGCUACAUCUAGUGCACCUAAGGCUCUGCCGUGAGCGAUGCGGCUUUACCACCAGAAAAUCAGCAUUCAUUUCCCUGCAUUUCUGCACAUGUUACCUGCUGCUUUUGGUGCGGAUUUGAUGCAGCUUUACUGCCUCAAUGGGUGAAAUCCGCAUCAAAAAUCACAAACAUAAUUGACACGCUGUAGAUUUCUAAAUCCACACGGAACAAAACAGUAAAGUGUACUUGAUACUGUAUUAGGGUACAUGCACGCGACCGCGCCGUGUUUUGUGGUCUGCAAAUUGCGGAUCCACAAAACACAGAUGCUGGUCAUGUACACUUCGCAAUUUACGGAACGGGCCGCCUAUUAUAGAAAUGCCUAUUCUUUCCCCCAAACGGACAAGAAU